AUGUCGGGAUCCAACGACCCUACGGCUGUCCCCGUCGCAAGCCCCGAUCCGCAACAUGAAGAAACCCUAGGUCAAACGGCUCCUAUUGAUGCUGGUCUAGCAGAUGAUGGGGCAUCUGAUGACACUUCCAACCUGGAUGGUGAUUCAGCUUUUGGAGAUGAUGGAAGCGAAAGAGAUUCCAAAACAUCACUGAGUUCCGGAAUCACAAAGUAUCGCGAAGAGAACGGCAGAAGGUACCAUGCCUACCGAGAUGGAAAGUACCUGCUUCCAAACGAUGAUGCAGAACAAGACAGAUUAGACUUGCACCACCAUGUCUUCAAUCUGGCGCUAGAUGGGAAGCUCGUGAUGGCCCCAAUCAAGAAUCCGCAAAGGGUUUUGGAUGUGGGUACCGGAACAGGAAUCUGGGCCAUUGAUUUUGCAGACCAAUAUCCUGAAUCCCACGUUAUAGGUUGUGAUCUUUCUCCAAUUCAACCAGGAUGGAUACCUCCCAACCUCGAGUUUGAGGUCGACGAUAUAGAGGAUACAUGGCGUCAUAACCCUUUCUCUUACAUACACAUGCGAUCUCUGGGUGGUUCCAUUAAAGAUUGGCCGAACCUGCUUUCUCAGGCGUACAAUCAUCUGAACCCGAAUGGGUGGUUGGAGAUUGUCGAGUUUGAAGUACUGAUUAGAGUGCAAAAUGAACAGGAUGUUGGGUUUCCUCCAAUGAUCAAGAAGUGGCAAGAAGGCUUGCACGAUGCGGGCGAGAGGAUUGGAAGGAGCUUUGAGGUUGCCACGCAGGCAAAGAAAUGGCUGCAAGAGAUUGGAUUUGAGGAUGUUACCGAGGAAGUGGUCAAGGUUCCAGACUCCCCAUGGCCUCGUGACCGUCGUCAAAAAGAAAUCGGCGUCUAUCAGCAGCAGAACAUGCUCGACGCAUCGAGCAGUUACGGUCAGGCACACUUUACUCGUGUUCUGGGCUGGAGUAAAGAUGAAUACGAUAUCAUGAGCGCGACAGUAAGAAAGGAGCUGAAGGAUAAGAGAUACCAUGUUUACUCCAAUCUUCAUGUUAUUUGUGGAAGGAGACCAGAAAAUUAA